CCCAUCAUUUGUGUUAGUGGAAGGAAUAGUGCCCCAUCAUUGGUGUCACAUGGAGGAAUAGUGCCCCAUCAUUGGUGUCAUGUGGGAGGAAAAGUGCCCCAUCACUGGUGUCAGUGGGAGGAAAAGUGCCCAUCACUGGUGUCAUGUGGGAGGAAAAGUGCCCCAUCACUGGUGUCAUGUGGGAGGAAAAGUGCCCCAUCACUGGUGUCAUGUGGGAGGAAAAGUGCCCCAUCACUGGUGUCAUGUGGGAGGAAAAGUGCCCCAUCACUGGUGUCAUGUGGGAGGAAAAGUGCCCCAUCACUGGUGUCAUGUGGGAGGAAAAGUGCCCCAUCACUGGUGUCAUGUGGGAGGAAAAGUGCCCCAUCACUGGUGUCAUGUGGGAGGAAAAGUGCCCCAUCACUGGUGUCAUGUGGGAGGAAAAGUGCCCCAUCACUGGUGUCAUGUGGGAGGAAAUGUGCCCCAUCACUGGUGUCAUGUGGGAGGAAAUGUGCCCCAUCACUGGUGUCAUUGGGAGGAAAAGUGCCCCAUCACUGGUGUCAGUGGGAGGAAUAGUGCCCCAUCAUCGGUGUGUCAGUGGGAGGAAUAG